GAGUUCCACUGACAUACCACACCACAUCUCACAGAGGACCACCAUAGGCCCAGGCAGCCGCCAAGAUGAGGGAAUUGAAGAGCAAGGCUUUCUGGAGGGCCAUACUGGCUGAGUUUGUGGGGAUGACCAUGUUCAUAUUCCUCAGCAUCUCAGCUGCUAUUGGGAACUCAAAUAACAGUAAUCCUGACCAGGAGGUGAAGGUUUCUCUGACAUUUGGUCUGGCCAUUGCCACCCUGGCCCAGAGUUUGGGCCACAUCAGUGGAGCCCAUCUGAACCCUGCAGUGACGCUUGGCAUGCUUGCCAGCUGCCAGAUCAGUGUGUUCAAGGGAGUGAUGUACAUUGUGGCUCAAAUGCUGGGCUCUGCCUUGGCCAGUGGUAUUGUCUAUGGAACACGUCAAGAGGGAAACGAUGCACUCGGGCUCAACAGUCUAAAUGGUAUCACUGCGAGCCAAGGCGUUGGCAUUGAACUCCUGGCUACCUUCCAGCUGGUCCUGUGUGUCAUAGCUGUCACUGAUAAAAGGCGUCGUGAUGUCACAGGCUCCGCCCCCCUGGCCAUUGGCCUCUCUGUCGCUCUGGGACACUUGGCAGCAAUCAGCUACACAGGCUGUGGUAUCAACCCUGCCCGAUCCUUUGGACCAGCUUUGAUCUUGAAUAAUUAUCAAGACCACUGGGUGUACUGGGUGGGGCCAAUGUGUGGAGGUGUGGCAGCUGCUCUGGUAUAUGACUUCCUCCUGUACCCCAAGUUUGAUGACUUUCCUGAACGCAUGAAGGUCCUGGUCAGUGGUCCUGUGGGAGACUAUGAUGUCAAUGGAGAGGAGACAGCUGCUGUAGAAAUGACAUCAAAGUAGAAUUGUGAGAUCAACGCCAAAUAGUGUAUAGUUAUUUUUAGAUACCUACCAAUAAACCACCCCUGUAAAGAAGACAUUGAACAUUCCUUUAGAAUGACAGUAGUUAUGUUUUUUAAAUGAAUCUUUUUCUUUUGAUGAGUAAAAAAUCCCACCACUUGUUUAUUGAUUCACUGAGUAGCCAAACAGCCACUUGACUAUUAACUUACCUUUCUGCAAAUAUUUUUGUAUGUGUCAUUGGAAUAUCCUCCUCUAUGAUAAAAUAUUUUAAAUAUCAAUAUUCUAUAUAUAGACCAAUUUUUAUUGUACUUUGUUUAUAAAUAUACAUAAAGUAUGUUGAUGUAUAUGUAUUUCUGUGUUAUUAUAUGGUGUCUUAUAUGGUCUUUCACUUUACUUAUAUUGUAAGUAAAUAAAAUACCAAAUGUUAC